AAUCUUCGCACGCAGGAAACGAUGGCCGACGCUGUCGAUUCUCCAGCCAAUCCUGGCACCCCUUAACUCAUCCCGCUCUCUUAUUGGAUAAAAGGGAGCUCAGCAGGGCGGAUGUUGUCCUCCCUGCGAGGAUCAAAGUAGGCAAGAUGGCGUCGAGCGGCGGGGAGCUAGGGAGUCUAUUUGAUCACCACGUCCAGAGGGCGGUAUGCGACACGCGGGCCAAAUAUCGGGAGGGACGACGGCCUCGUGCUGUGAAGGUAUAUACAAUCAAUUUGGAAUCUCAGUACUUAUUAAUACAGGGAGUUCCUGCUGUGGGAGUCAUGAAGGAAUUAGUUGAGCGAUUCGCUUUAUAUGGUGCAAUUGAACAGUACAAUGCUCUAGAUGAAUACCCAGCAGAAGACUUUACUGAAGUUUAUCUUAUUAAAUUUAUGAACUUACAAAGUGCAAGGACAGCCAAGAGAAAAAUGGAUGAACAGAGUUUCUUCGGUGGAUUGCUUCAUGUGUGCUAUGCUCCAGAAUUUGAAACAGUUGAAGAAACUAGAAAAAAACUACAAAUGCGGAAGGCAUAUGUAGUAAAAACUACCGAAAAUAAAGACCAUUACGUGACAAAGAAGAAAUUGGUUACAGAGCAUAAAGACACAGAGGAUUUUAGACAAGACUUCCACUCAGAGAUGUCUGGAUUUUGUAAAGCUGCUUUGAACACUUCUGCAGGGAACUCAAAUCCUUAUCUUCCAUAUUCCUGUGAAUUGCCUUUAUGUUAUUUCUCCUCAAAAUGUAUGUGUUCAUCCGGGGGACCUGUAGACAGAGCACCAGACUCCUCUAAGGAUGGUAGAAACCAUCAUAAAAAAAUGGGGCAUUAUAACCACAAUGACUCUUUGCGGAAAACACAGAUAAACUCUUUGAAAAACUCAGUGGCCUGCCCUGGUGCACAAAAGGCUAUUACGUCUUCAGAGGCAGUUGACAGAUUUAUGCCUAGGACAACACAACUGCAGGAGCGCAAAAGAAGAAGAGAAGAUGAUCGUAAACUUGGAACUUUUCUUCAAACAAACCCAAGUGGUAAUGAGAUUAUGAUUGGACCUCUGUUACCAGACAUCUCUAAAGUGGAUAUGCACGAUGACUCAUUGAAUACAACGGCGAAUUUAAUUCGGCAUAAACUUAAAGAGGUAAGGUUAUUUUUAAAAAACUAUUCUAAGACACGAUUUGGUUAUAGGAUUAAAUGGAAAAUUAUUUGUGGGAACAAUAGUACUGUAAUUUUUUUUCACUUUUUAGUGUUUUGAUGUGUUUUUCUACAGUUCUCUGUUGAAAUAACUGAAUUUGGCUAACAUUUUAUUUGCUUUAAACUGUUAAUACUUGCUUUAAACAAUGAACAGACAUUUUAUAUCACUGUAGAUACAAAAUAUUAAAGCAGUAGAUUCAGCCAGUUAAAUCAAUCUGUGAGAGUGGAGCCCAGGCCUGCCAUUUUUGUUAAAAGCUCCCCAGGUAGUUCUAAUAUGAGCCAAAGUUGAGAAGCAAAAGUAUUGUAAAUUAUUUCUCUCAAAUUUAGAGUUACUACAGUUUAUAUCAAAUUCAAAAUGCUUAAUUUGCUUUUGUGAUAAAGAGCAAUAGAAGGUGGUGAGAUUUCUAAAAAUUAGGCCUCCAGGUAUGCAUUUCAAAUGUAGACUUCUUAAAUGAUCGGGACCAGAUUGUGCUGCCUAGGUAGUCUGGUUUUUUUUUUAAUGUCAUUUACAUAAUCAUUUUCCAUUUCCUAAGCACAAAUAAAGUUAACAUCUGAGUUAGCUUUUGAAAGACACCUUUUUGUGGGGUAGGGGCUACUGUUACAAAUCAUAAACUGAGGGUUAUGACAUUCUCUUAUACUUACUCCAAGAUGCAGAAAGUGCUUUUCACAUAGUUUUACUCAUAUUUUACAAUGUGAUUAAGGGAGGCUAAGGUAGCUUAAUUUCAUAUAUGUACAUUUUUUACCUAAAAAUAUCUGAUUAAAGGUAUUAUUUAAUAAUAAUUAAAAUCCGUGGGCACAGUUUUGAAGCCUUCUUUAGUUUUUCAGUUUAGGCUGUGCCCAGUGGCUCACACCAAUAACUUCAGCACUUUGGGAGGCUGAGGUGAGCAGAUUGCUUGAGCCCAGGAGUCUGAGACCAGCCUGACCAAUGUGAUGAAACCCCAUCUUUACCAUAAAUAUACAAAAAUUAGCCAGGCGUGGUGGUGAACUCUUGUAGCUACUUGGGAAGCUUAGGUGGAAGGGUACUUGAGUCUGGGAGGCGGAGGUUGCAGUGAGCCAAGAUCAUGCCACUGCACUGCAGCCUGGGUGACAGUGUGAGACCCUGUCUCAAAAAAAAAGGUUUUCAGUUUGUGCUGCCACCCUUACUUCCUUCCUUCAGUUACAGCUGAACUGAGGCAUAGACAUAGAUACAUACCUGUCUCAACCAGAGCUGAUUACAUUUUCAAGAUAAACGUGUGAAGUCCAAAUUCUAGGUCCAGAAAUAGAACAACAAAAAAAGAUAUUAAAUACAGUUUACUGUAGUUUCUAAUAAUUUUCCAUUUCAAAUGAAGACUCUUACUUUGCUUUGACUUAUUGUAUACCCUUUGUACACUCUUUUUCUGAUAGUGUGUUUGCUUUUCCUUUUUCUCCCAGGAAAUUGAGGAUUAUACUGCUUCCUGCUCAUUUCUCCAAACGUUUUCAUCCCCCCAAAUCUAUCAAACAUUAUCAGUGUUUCAAGAAUGCAAAACCAGGAUAUCUAUCUGAAUCCGUAAUAUAACAAGUGUCUUUAGAUCUAUAAAGGAAUGUUAAAGUAGAGCACUUUUCUUCCUCCAAAUUUUUUUUCUUUUUAAAUAGCUUUAGAAAUUUUACUGUCAUCAGUAUUCAAACGGAAAACUCCACUCUGUGCCUAGGUCAUAGGCUGUACCUUGAACUUAGGCCAACUCUGCCUCGAAAGUGACAUCAAGGAUUGAACUAUUGGAUGUAGUCUUACCUCUUCUAAUAGCUUAUUUACUCCUGUGCUAUAGAAACUAA